GCCCUCGCUGGCGGUGGCACUGGCGCUGGAGGGCAAAGCCAGCCACAGGGAGCUGACAUCACGGCUGCUGUCUGACCUGGUGGGCCGCGUGCUGAGCCCCGAGGACGUCGCCUGGGCCUUUGACAAGAUGCUGCGGGACCUCCCCGACCUCAUCCUCGACACCCCCGAAGCUCCCCAGAUGCUGGGGCAGUUCAUUGCCCGGGCGGUGGCUGACCACGCGCUGCCCCUGGGCUUCCUGGAGCGCUACAAAGGCCGCGUGGAUUGCGAGCACGCCAGGGCCGCCCUGGACCGCGCCGCCGUCCUGCUCUGCAUCAAGCAUGACGUCAACCGGCUGGACAACGUGUGGGGUGUGGGGGGUGGGCAGCGCCCCGUCAAACACCUGGUGAAGGAGAUGAACCUGUUAUUGCGUGAGUACCUGCUGUCCGGGGAGGUGUCAGAGGCUGAGCGCUGCCUGCGGGCGCUGGAGGUGCCGCACUUCCACCACGAGUUGGUGUACGAGGCGGUGGUGAUGGUGCUGGAGGGCUCCGGGGACGCGCCGGUGACGACGAUGGUGACGCUGCUGCAGGUGCUGUGGGAGACCGGGUUGGUGACGCUGGACCAGAUGAACCGGGGCUUCCAGCGGGUGUAUGCAGCACUGCCAGACCUCAGCCUGGAUGCACCGCUGGCCCACGCGCGCCUGGAGCGGCUGCUGGAGCUGUGCUGUCAGCGCGGUGUGGUGACACGGGCACUGCGUGAUGCCUGUCCUGCCAGGUAUGGGAUGGGGACGUGGGGACACGGGGGGAUGUGGGGCACCACCAGUUACAGGACGGGGCCGUGGGGAUACGUGGGGACACGGGGUGCCGCCCGGUUUGGGAUACGGGGACGUGGAGACGUGGGACCCUGC